AUGAGUCAUCUAACAGGUCCGAAAGAGGACAUCUCGUUUACUCCAUUGGUCCAGUCAACACAGGCAAUACCUAAGAUUUCAGAUGAAGUUAAAUUACCUGAAAAACCUGGUGCUCUGGAUCUUCACCAGUCCACUUCUGGGCAUGUUAGAACUUCCUGCCUAAAGGUUAUGAUUCCUAGAUUCGCAGGAUCUUAUAAUAUGCCGGAAGGUGAUGAUAUAUCAUUCGCUCCCACAGUUCAAUCGACACAGGCGAUACCGAGAAUUCCAGAUUGGAUGAAUUUCCCGCCAACCUCGACUUCCCUUGAUCUUCCGAAGUCAUCCAUUGCUUAUGUCGAACCAUCUAACUCUAAGGUAUGA